UAAAAGUUGUGUCUCAGUGAACAAAGUCUCUUUAUUUCUGCUGACUCCACACAUUAUUGUACUAACUGUAGUUUAUAACAAGGUCCUAGUACAAUCCUCCCAAAAUGUGAGGAGCUUCAGCCAGAGUGGAAAUAACAUUAUAAAUAUUUCAUUAACAUUGCAGAUACCAAUGAAGCAUCAAAACUGAAUACAUUAUUCAGCAAACCAAACAUUUUGACAUUAUUAUCAGGGCAGCUAUUAACAAGAACCCAAAAUAUAAAUCAUGUUAGUUUCUAGUUUAUAACCAUCAUUCUGUCCACUCAGUUUAUCUGUCUGAAGCUUCAAUGUAAGAAAGUGAGAAAAUGUGUCUAAUUAGUGAUAAUUAAGACUGAGUUUAAACUCUUAGUGACCAAAGUGUGACAUCCUGGAAGAGGAACCAGUCAGAUCAGAAGGAAUAAAGACUCAUUUGUUCCAGUAUAACUUGGACAUCAGGUGAAUCAUAUGAAACGUAUUGAGAAGUUUAAAAACAACAGAUUGUUGAUGCUCUUCAGCUCUAAGAACAUCAGACACAUUUUUAUCAUUAAUGUUUGAUCAGCACAUUGAGCUCAUGUGGCUCCAGAAGGUGAAGGUCUGGACAUCCUGAAGGUCAACGCUGACCAGCAGGAAGACGGACACUGAUGAGAUCCUGCGACCCAAAGGCUGCAGGAAGAACCACGAUGGUCUGAAUUCACCACCAUGAAAACACAGUGGAAUAUAUUAUCAAUUUAUUAUGACAUUAAGUUAUUUGCAACACCCUGACUAACAUUAGCUUAUGUAUAUUCAGCACUAUUACAAGUUUUAUCGUAGUUUAAAAUCAUCGUUAGCUCACCUGAACCGUCUGAGCCACCUGCUUUCCUCCCACCGGCCAUUUUCUGUAAGUCUCAGAAAAAUCACAAUCAGGCUAUAAACCAUAAUUCAGCUCUCUUCUUCUUUUGUAUCAGAAAAACAACUCGCGUUAGGCCGCAUAGCAACGAUGGCGCCUGGAGGCGGGGCGCUAUACCCCCCCCCCCACCGCCAGGAGGCAGCACCCUGCUACAGAGCCGGACCGGACCGGACCGGACCGAGCUGCUGGAGUAGAGCCAGUGGAAAAGGGGCAAUAUUCAAAUGUAACCCGGAUGUUCAUCAGGUUCUGCUGGUUAAAGAAGAACCGAGUCCUGAUCUGGACCAGAACCACCCAGAGCCCGUCCACAUGAAGGAGGAAGAGGAGGAGCCCUGGAGCAGCCAGCAGGGGGAGCCGCUCAGCGUGAAGGAGGAGGCUGAUGCCUCCAGGUCUCCAGUCAUUGCUGUUCUCAUAAAGAGUGAAGAUGAUGAAGACGAACCUCUGAUCUCUGAUCUUCGUCAAACAGAAGAUGGAGAACUGCCAAGCAGCAGCUCAGCUCAGCAGAACCUGAAAGCAGAACCUGAGGGAGAGGAAGAUGAUGAGGAGCAGCCUGACUCAGGGUCUGAAACUGAAGACAGUGAUGAUGAGUGGAAGGAGAGCAGGACUCCUGAGUCAGACGUCAGCAGAUCCCUGAGCUGCUCUGAAUGUGGCCAGCAGUUUAACAAGCAGCGCCGCCUUCAGAGUCACAUGGCCGAUCACUCAGCAGGAACGGCUUCAAGCUCAGCCAGCGAGGUCCAGCCUCCUCUGAAGCUGUAUAGUUGUCCUGACUGCGGUAAAUGUUUCAACAGGAAAGAUUAUCUCAACAAACACAGGAAAUGCCACACAGGAGAGAAACCCUACGGGUGUGAUGUCUGUGAACAAAGAUUUAGAGUUAAGUCUAAAUUAAAUCGACACAUGAAAAUUCACACAGGAGAAAAACCAUUUAGUUGUGAGGUUUGUGAACAAAAAUUUAGAGUUAAAUCAAGUUUAAACAGACACAUCAGAGUUCACACAGGAGACAAACCUUUUAGCUGUGACUUUUGUGGACGAAACUUUCGUAAUAAGUCAACUUUAAACAAUCACAUCAGAAUUCAUGCUGGAGAAAAAGCAUUUAUUUGUGAUGUUUGCGAACAGAAGUUCAGGUUAAAAUCAACUUUAAAAAGUCACAUGAGAGUCCACACAGGAGACAAACCAUUUAUUUGUGAUGUUUGUGGGCAAAGAUUUAUCGGAAAGUCUGCUUUAAACCGUCACAUGGGAAUCCACACAGGGGAUAAACCGUUUGGUUGUGAUGUCUGUGGGAAAAGAUUCAGUGAAAAUUCUCAUUUAAACUGCCACAUGAGAAUCCACACAGGCGACAAACCGUUUAGCUGUGAUGUUUGUGAGCAAAGAUUUCGAUUCAAGUCAAAUCUAAACAGACACGUGAAAAGUCACACAGGAGAAAGACCUUUUGGAUGUGACGUUUGUGGACGAAGAUUUUUUCAGAAGUCUGCUUUAAACGGUCACAUGACGAUCCACAGGCGAGAUAAACCAUUUGGUUGUGAUGUAUGUAGUCGAAGAUUUACUGCAAAACCUGCCUUAAAAAAUCACAUGAGGAUCCACACUGGAGGAGAACCUGCUUAGGGAACAAUAAAUGCUUGUUCUGCCGUUCAAGAAUGGGUUUCUCUGGGUGCAGUCUGAGAAACAUGGCUACCCAGCCGAGUCGGUGUCUCUGAACUGCCUUUGUGUGUCCGCACACUUUGCUUUUUGUACAGACACCAAUGGACAGACAUGUGAAAAGCCACACAGGAGAAAAACCUUUUGGCUGUGAAAGAUCUGUCAAAAAGUCUGCUUUAAACCGUCACAUGACAGUCGACACGGGAUGAACCAUUAGGCUGCAAUGUUUGUGAAGAAGAUUCACAAAAAGUCAAAUUUAAUGAGAAUCCACACAGGAAACAAACCGUAUAGUUGUGACAUUUGUGAGCAAAGAUUUUGACUUGAGUCCAGUUUAACCAGACAUGCAGCAGACGGACAGGAUUUAUCCACUGGUUCGCUUUGAAUGGUCACCUGGCAGUUCAAGACAAAUCCUUUUCAAACAGGACUGCUGGAAAACAUCACAUGUAGAUACACAAAGGAAGAAUUGUACGUUUUAAGACAAUGCAGGAAUGUUCACCGUUAUUAAGUAUUUUGUGAUGCAGAUUAUUGAUUCAGUUCAACUAAAGUUGAUUGAUCUCAUUGAUAGACUAUCAGUUAAUUGAUGAGUGGCGAUUUUCUUAAAAUCCUGAGUUUAGUCUUAGAGGCUGGGCUGUCCCUCCUUCCAUGAAGGGCUAUAUUUUCAUCAAAUACUGAAUUAAAAAAGGAACAUAAUUUAUAUUUCAACAUUUUUUUGCAAAACACUGAAUGAACAGAACAUUUUAGAUAAAAUAUUCCAGAAGUUGAGCCAGUUGGAGCUCAGGGAGGAAAUCCGUUUCAUUAUUGGGUGAAUCCUGUCAGAGCAGCUUUGGGGGGUCGGCAGAGUUACAGUUCAAAACGUUUUAAUGUGUUCGGGCUGUAAGUGGUGACGCUAAACAUGUUUUUGUCAGUAAACUAUUGAGAUCCAUAAAAGUCAAACUAAAAUGUAAAUGUUUAGAUGAGUUUGGUUCAGUCACUGAUUAACUUGUUACAACUUUAUGAAAAUUUAAAGCUCGACUAAACUUAACUGCCGUUUUACAAAGUGUUUUAAGUUCAUUUCUGCCAUUGACACAUUUUAUCACACAUUAAUAUAU